AUGGCCAGUUUUGAGCAGGCGUGCACCGAACUUGUCAAGAAGCUCAACAUCCAGUGUACUGAAGAGAAGGAAGAUGCAAAGGAGUUGGUACGACAGCAUCUCAGCUCGCAGGAUUUGGGCAGCUGGUUGCUCAUCGUUGACAAUGCAGACGACAUAGAAAUCCUCGAUGGGUUAGAGCAGAGACCCAGUGGAAUUCUCGACUUUCUUCCGCAGAGCAAUUAUGGACGAAUUCUAUUCACAACGCGAUCUCAGGAGGUGGCCGUUGUGGCCGCAAAAACCAAGGUUGUAAGACUCUCGGAAAUGAGUUGGCAAGAGGCAACAAGUUUCCUGGAGAAAUCUCUGUUGCAACAAGAUCCGCUACAAAAUAACGGCUUAGUGGCAGAGCUUCUCGAAAAGCUCACCUACCUGCCUUUGGCCAUUGCACAGGCGGCGGCCUACAUGAACAUGAACCAAGCAUCCGUCGAAGAGUAUAUGCGAUUGCUACGGCUCACGGAUCAAGAUAUGAUUCAGUUGUUGAGACGCCGCUUUCGAGACGGAACCCACUAUCACAGCUCCCAAGGUGCUGUAGCAACUACGUGGACCAUGUCCUUCGACCAGAUCCGCAGGACGGAUUCCCUUGCGGCUAAUUUGCUCUCAUUCGUGGCAUUUAUUGAGCCAAAGGCAAUUCCUCGGUCUCUUCUCCCAAGGUCGGGGACUGAGCAGCAGAUGACACAAGCUCUUGGCACGCUGCUUGGAUACGGCUUUUUGAGUCGGCGAGGAGACGACCAACUGUUCGAUAUGCAUAGUCUCGUCCAUCUGGCGACGCGGAUACAGAGUGAAGAUCAAGAGACUGCUGACAAAAUCCAAAGGGAUGUGCUAGCACAUCUUACAGAAGUUUUCCCAACUGAUCAAUGGGAGAAUCGUGAGUCGUGGCAACAAUAUUUACCGCACGCACUCAGAGCUAUUGGAAUAAGGAAAGGGGUUGAUAACGGUGUUUGUGAGUUGGAAUUCUGGGUAGGUCGAUGUUUACUUGUGGACGGACGUACUCAAGAGGCGAUUAACCUGCUAGAGCAUGUGGUUGGGAUACAAAAAAGGACACUGGUGGAGACCGACCUUUCUCGACUGAGCUCACAACACUCCCUUGCACGAGCAUAUCGGGCCGAUAGACGGGUGAAGGAUGCAGUUUCGCUGCAAGGAUAUGUGGUCAAGAUAUACAAGGAGACACUACCGGAGGAUCAUUCAGACCGACUGACAUCACAACAUACCCUUGCUGGGGCAUAUCAAGCUGAUGGACAGAUAAAGGCGGCCGUUGAGUUAAUGGAGUAUGUCGUUGGGAUACGCAAGAAGGUAUUAGUAGAGGACCACCCAGAUCGGUUGGCAUCACAGCAUGCCCUUGCACUCACAUAUCGGGCUCAUCGACAGGUAAAGGAGGCAAUUGAGCUGCUGGAACAUGUGGUUAAGAUAUAUACGAAGACGCUAGUGGAGGACCACCCUUUUCGACUGACAUCACAACACGAACUCGCAGGAGCAUACCAAGCCAAUGGACAGAUGAAGGAAGCAGUCGAGCUACUGGAGCACGUGGUUAGAAUGCGCGAGAAGGUAUUGGCGGAAGAUCACUUUUCCCGACUGGCAUCACGGCAAGAGCUCGCAGGAGCCUACCAGGCCAGUGGACAAGUGAAGGAAGCAAUUGAGCUGCUCCAGCACGUGGUUAGGAUACGUAAGAAGGUAUUAGUGGAGGACCACCAUUCUCUAUUGGUAUCACAACAAAAACUCGCAGGAGCAUACCAAUCGGAUGGACAGGUGACGAAAGCAAUCGAGCUGUUAGAGCAUGUGGUUAGGAUACGCGAAAGCGUAUUAGCGGAAGACCACUCUGCUCGAUUGACAUCACAGGAAGAACUCGCAGCAGCAUAUCAAGCCAAUGGACAAGUGAAGGAAGCGGCCGAGCUCUUGGGGUAUGUGAACAUGAUACAACAGGGAGCAUCGACCCAAGAACCCUGGGUAACCGCUCUCGAUGCAUACCUCAUGCAACCUGAUGAACAACCUGACCGCUGGGCGGGGGCGUAUGGAAGUGGAAGUGAUUGUUAA